AUGGCGCAAGCAGGUACCUCCUGUGAGACUAAUGAGAAACAUACUAAUUUGAAAAGAAAGAGAAAUUCAACCGAUGAUGAGGUUGAGAAUAUGCCACCAGUGAAAAUAGCGGCAAGGACUGAUGAGGAUUUGAAUGAACAAUCUGCUCAUAAUGUUGUGGUUGAGUCAUCAUCAUGUUCAAGUGAUGAUGAAGGUAUUGAACAGCCAAGAAGUGUGUUUACAGAUAUAGACUACAAUGCUGAUAGUUUCUUAAGCCCACCGAGUAUACCUGACUUACCAAAUUGUGUACUGAGUCCUUUAGAAAAUGUAGCAAGAGGAGAAUGCACUCCUCAUUCUAAUAAGAGGCCCAGUACAAGUAAACCACACUACCCCACACCACCUAAGAGAAAAUGUCCUUUACCAGGCCUGUCCUGGGCAGAUCCCACUGAUGUAUGGAGGACAAUGUGUGAAUGUGAUACAAGAUCUAGCAUGAAAAAGAAUCCUAACAUGUUUGAUAAUCAUCCAAAUCUUCAACCAAGAAUGAGAGCUAUCCUACUAGAUUGGUUAAAUGAGAAUUGUUCUUUCAUGCUGCAUUUCAGAGUUGAGAUGGUUUGUGAAGUGUACAAGCUGCACAGAGAGACGUUCCACCUGACGGUGGACUACGUGGACCGGUAUCUGUCCAAAACUGACGACGUGCAAAAAGGACGCUUGCAACUCAUAGGUAUAACAUGUUUGUUCAUCGCUGCAAAAGUAGAAGAAGUGUAUCCGCCUAAGAUAGGCGAGUUCGCGUACGUAACGGACGGCGCGUGCACUAGUGAGGAGAUACUUUUGGAAGAACUCCUAAUCCUGAAGAUACUAUCGUGGAGUAUCACGCCCAUCACUAUUAACAGCUGGCUGAAUGUAUACAUGCAGCUUGGCAGUGAAGCUCGAAGUGCCAAGAGAAGGCUAUUAGGUGAAAGUGAAGCGGGUGUAAACGCACUACGUGGUUACACGUUUGUAUUCCCACAGUACUCCUCGUUAGAGUUCGUGGUGUGUGGCCAGUUGGUGGACUUGGCGGUACUGCACGUGGAUGUCAACCGCUUUCCCUAUAGUGCCGUGGCUGCUGCGGCUAUCGCGCAUAUAUUCAGCAAAGAAAUGGCUCUCAGGGUGUCCGGUUACAGCUGGGAUGCGCUGGAGCCGUGCUACACGUGGCUGGCGCCGAGCGCGGCGGCGGUGAGGCGCGCGGGCGGCGUGGCGGCCGUGCGCGGCGGCGACGGCGACCACGUGCAGCGCGCCGCCGGCCUGCGCCUCAUCUGCCCAGACCUCAACCUGGACGAGAGCCACCGCAUACAGACGCAUGAUGUGUCGCUCGAUAUGUUUGAUCAAGUAUACCAACAACUCCUGGAAAUGGAGGGUGGCACGCGGCACGAUGACGACGAGCUCGCCCCCGAGCACGUGUUCCCGCCCACGCCGCCGCAGUCCGUCCACAAGAGCCCGCUGCCCGCCACCACCACGCCCAGCGCGCGCUCAGCACCCGACGUGCUGCGCGACGCGCUGCAG